GAGCUGACGUCAUUUCCGCCCGAUAAUACCUAAGAAUUGCGUCGAGGGCUAAGCGAGGAGCGAAGAAGAAAUUCGAAGGGACGAUUUGUAUUUGUUAUUCUUAAUCGAAAGAUGAGCUUCUUGGGUAAACUAUUCGGCGGCGGUAAGUCUCAGGAGAAGACCCCGUCACCCGCCGAGGCCAUACAAAGACUGAGGGACAUAGAAGAGAUGUUGAUGAAGAAGCAGGAAUACCUGGAGAAGAAAGUGGAACAGGAACUUGCCCUUGCCAAGAAGAACGGAAGGACCAACAGAAGAGUUGCCAUACAGGCUCUGAAGAGGAAGAAACGUUAUGAGAAACAGCUGGGACAGAUUGACGGCACUCUGACUACCAUCGAAUUCCAGCGUGAGGCUCUUGAAAAUGCCAACACGAACACAGAAGUGCUAAAAAUCAUGGGCAUAGCAGCCAAAGCACUGAAGGGUACUCAUUCGGACAUGGAUGUCGACAAAGUUCACGAUCUCAUGGACGAAGUACAGGAACAGCAAGAUAUUGCAAACGAGAUAUCCGAAGCGAUUUCGAGUCCCAUCGGUUUUGGAAAUGAUGUGGACGAGGAUGAACUUGCAAGAGAAUUAGACGAGCUAGAACAAGAAUCGCUGGACGAGCAGCUGCUCGAUGUGGCUGGACCGGCGACUGAAAAUCUGCCGAGUCCUCCGACGGCCGAACCCAUCAGUAGUAGAAAGAAACCAGCCAAACCGGAGGAGGAAGACGACGACAUGAAAGAAUUAGCAGCCUGGGCAUCCUAAAUCCACUUUAUAAUACUGUAAAUAAAGAGUCGAAUUUAUCUUGCGUAAAAAAAAAGAAUGAAGAAUUUUAUAUUUAAAGUAUCUGCGAAAUUUGCAAUGGAACCUGAUGGGGUAUCACGUUGAUUUAACAAACUUUUUCCAGAAUUACAUCUCGAAGUUACGAUUUAAUUUCGAUUAUUUUCGGCUAAACAAAUUGAAAAUCUCUGUCCACUUAACGUAUAAUUUAGAUUUUUACGGUGAUAAAACACGAUUGUGACGUCAACACACAAGUACACUCACGCCAGCUUCAGUAGAAGACAAAAAUGAAUGAAAAUCUAGCCUUAAAAAGAUUGUUUUUAGGAUUGUUUUAUGGUUUAUACGUUUUUUUCUAUAUCUGUUUAAUUCGUUUGAAAAAAAAAUUGUAUAAUUAUAUAAAUAAAUUAAUAAAUAAAUAUCUUUAAUCACUGUUUAUUGUAAUAGGAUAAAAACCAAAACAAAACAAAAAUUGCAAAUAUGCUUGUAAAUAAUUCUUUACUAAACUCGAUGCAAUAAAGUCUACUGUGAAACGUUUA